AUGAAUUUUGAUGAAAUCCUCAGUCUUAUUGGAGGCUUUGGGAAAUUCCAGAAGACGUUGUAUGUAUGGAUCUGUCUACCUCAGAUCUUUCUUGCAUUCCACAUGCUGGUUUCAGUCUUCACCGGGGCUGUUCCUCCUCAUUUUUGCCGCCCAACCUGGCCCUCCACAGGUAAGCCAGCCACUUUGAACUUCAGCCUUCUGACCCUACCUGAUGGCCAGUCUGAGUUGUCAUGCAGUGACCCCUUGAACCACAACGAUGCUGUAACUCUUGGUGAUGGGCAUCCUCCUGGGAGUUGCCAGGGACGCUGGGAGUACAGCAACAUCACUUUCAAAAGCACCAUAGUAACUGAGUGGGACCUGGUGUGUGACAGUGCUAGCCUGAACAACAUGGGCUCCUCCGUCUACAUGUUUGGUCUCCUUGUUGGUGCUGUGUUGUUCGGGAGCUUAGCUGAUAAGUACGGUCGCAGGUCCAUAAUCCUCAUCAACCUGGCCACCCAGGCAAUAUUUGGGGUUGGUGCGGCUUUCGCACCAAAUUUUUACAUAUACACUGCCCUUCGAUUUAUAGUUGGAACAUCCAUCUCUGGAGUUAUCAUGAAUGCGUUUGUUCUAGGCACAGAAUGGACAGGACCGAAGGAGCGAAUGCUGGCUGGUAUAAUAACUGACUAUUUCUUUGGUUUUGGCUACAUUCUGCUGGCUGGGUUGGCAUAUCUCAUAAGAGACUGGCGAAAACUGCAGCUGGCCAUUUCAGCUCCUGGCUUCCUCUUCAUCUUCUACAUAUGGGUGUUGCCAAAAUCAGCUCGCUGGUUAAUGUCCAAUGACAGGGAAGAGGAAGCAUGGGAGCUGAUCCGGAAAGCAGCACAGAUGAACGGAAAUCCCCUCACCAAAGAUCACGAAAUGUGUCCAGUACAGGUCUAUAAAACUGAAGAGAAAACAAAGGUGAAGAAAACACCCUCUUGCAUAGACCUUGUUCGAACCCCAAAAAUGAGGAAGCAGUCAUUGAUUGUUUUUUAUCUCUGGUUCGUCAACGUGCUGGUGUACUACGGCCUGUCCCUCAACAUCUCUGGCUUUGGGAUGAACAUCUAUCUGACCCAGCUUAUUUUUGGCCUGGUGGAGAUGCCUGCACGCACCAUCACCCUGUUCACCCUCAACCGCUCCCGCAAGAUCUCCCAACUAGCUUUCCUAGCUGUGGGAGGCACAGCCUGCCUGCUGACCAUCUUCAUCCCCAGUGAACUAUCUGUCAUCAAAACAGUCCUGGCCAUGAUUGGGAAGUUUGGAAUCACAGCUUCUCUGUCCAUUAUUUAUGUCUACUCAGCAGAGGUGUUCCCCACUGUGAUCAGACAGAACGGGAUCGGCCUUGGCUCCAUGUGUGCUCGCAUUGGAGGAGUCUUGGCUCCCAUGAUGUACCUGCUGAGGAACAUCAGUCCUCAUGCUCCAAUGUUGCUUUGUGGUCUCUGCCCUCUGCUGGGCUCUGCCCUCACCCUGCUGCUGCCUGAGACUGCCAAUAAGCCCCUACCUGACACUAUAGAAGAUAUAGAGGGAACCAACCUCAGUGCAGAGGACAGCGGAAGGAAGCCUGUCAUCUUUGACACGUCUCUGAAGAAGAUGAACACCGGCAGCACCACGAUGGCCUACUACACCUGUCCACACUGUGGAUUUGUUUCCACUGAGGACUUACCUGAGGAGCAAAGUCCUUCAGCCACACCCUCCAGCCAUGCUCUCAACCUCGCAACCUUAGAGGUCAGUGGCUCUAUACAAGCUAAGCUCAUCUACAAGAACAUUUGGCACAUUGCACCAUGA